AAUCCAACAAGCAAACCUGCAGUCAUCUCCUCCAUCACCACCAAACUCAACAACAGCCAGCUCGCGAAAAUAAUGAAGAGCCGCAGCAUGGCAUCAUCGGCCGCGCUCUUGGUGCUAGCCCUCGCGCUAGUGGCGGCCACCGCCCCACAGGUAGCGGAGGCAAAGAAGAAGAGAGCGGCGGAGAGCGGCGAGGCGGCGGAGGCGAAGAAGAUCCAGGACGACUUCUGCUCGACGCUGUGCGAGGGCAAGAAGGGGACGGACCUGGUCGUGUGCAAGGAGUCCUGCGCGCUCUCCCAGCAGUCCAACCUGGUGCUGUACGGCAGGAUCCAGUGCAAGGGCAAGUGCACCGAGCAGAAGGGCAUCACGGCGCCGGCCAUGAAGGUCUGCCAGGAGGAGUGCGACAAGGCGUACGUGGUGAAGGCGGCCGAGGUCACCAAGGCCUGCAGCGUCACCUGCGCCAAGGAGAAGAACCCGCGCCUCAGCGAGAACUGCAAGAGGUCCUGCACCCCUCCUCCUUCUUGAAGCCCCUUGAAAUGAAUGAACCAUGCAGGCGCUGAGCGAGUCUAUACGUACGUCGUCACCGGCUGGCCACGCAUGCGAAUGCGAUAAGCCGAUAACCAUCUCAUAUGGACGGAACUAUAUAUUGUAUUCCUUUUAAUCUGGUAUUUUCUAAGCUAAUUGUUUUUGUUCAAAUAUACCGUCGAUGGAACUCCAAAUGUAAUGUCUGCGUUUUUUCAUCGAUUGAAUGGAUAAUAAAAAAAGGCAUGCUGGCAGUUACU